AUGUCUCCAAAGACUCCAGUCGAUCAGAACCUCGCCUUCCUGUACCUUUGCCUUCAGCAUGCGGAAAAUCCGACUAUUAAUUUCGCGGCCGUGGCAAAUGCAGCAAACAUCAAUACUCCAGCUGCCCGGAUGAGAUUCACGCGUCUCAAAAAAAUGCUUGACGGACAAGCCCGCAAUGAAGGCGCUGCUGUUACUACUGGUGGUGCUGGUGCUUCCGGUACCCAGCCCGCUCAGCCCAGCGAGGAGAAGGGGAAGAAGAGGGGACGGGGCAAAGUCAAGGCUGAAGACACGGGCAAGGGUAAGAGAAAAGGAAAGAUUCUUCCAUCCGGGCAGGCUUGUCGAUCUUCUAGCCCUAUGGCCAUGUCGGAGGGUGAACCUGUGGACGAUAACGGUGGUUUUGAUGAUGUUGACGACAAUGGCGAUGAUUCUUCACCUGCGAAGAAGCAGAAGAUUGCUUAG